UAAAUUGUUACUACAGAAAUGAGUGCAUUAACAUAAACCUGUGACUUGUAGCAGGAACUAUUGUCCGAGCAGCUGUUAUUGUAAAUUAAUCAGGCGUUUCAAUUAUUUUAAACAUUAAUCAGAGCUGUGGUAUGAAUUUAGAUACCAGUUUCUCUUUCCGUUUCCCUCUGUGCCUUGCCACAUAUUACAAUGACUAAGAAACAGUGAGUCUUAGGAACGAUUCUUCUCUCUUGUUUUACAUAUAAUCAUAAAUCUGCAAAGUGACUACUACUGAAUUGAGUAAUCUGGGGAUUUUUCCUCAUCUAGGCAGCAAUCAUAUCUUUCCCAGGAACUAAUAUUUUCAUCUACAGCUCAGCCCCACACUUCUUUACUAAAUAGCAUUAUAUAUUCUUUACCAAACAGUACAUUAUAAUAGCCACUCUGACGCUUGUAACCAUGGUAACUCAUGGCGUAGUGUUAUGAUGUUUAUGCAGGCGGUGUGCGACUGUGUUAGCGCGCUGACUGUGGGUUUAAUGCUACAUUCACGGACUCGAUGUGUGUUUUCCUUCUUGUAAUCUUUUUUUUUUAAGUCCUUACAUUAAAAUCAGCUGGACUAAGAUAUUUUAAUCCCUACCUAAACUCAAAACUUGGGAUUUUCCCACUGAUAAUGAAAGCCCUUUUUUUUUUUUUUUUUGCUUUUUUAAAUAGCCCAUACUGUACGAGACUGCUGAAAGUCAUUUAGAAAGAGAACCGCCUACUGCAAACCACUGAAACUUACGCUUCUUUAAGUCAUGACUAAAAUGUAAAACGGCACUAAGUUAGAAAUUAUUAUCACUGUUUAGUUAGAAAUUAUUAUUAUUAUUGUUUCUAAAGCACCUAUGUGUGAUUACGACUUGACGGGAUGUUUAUGUGCAGCGUUCAGGUUGGGAACGUAUGAGAGUAUUUACCCAAAUUCAGAGAGCAGUUGAACUGAGCACGAAGGAAGAACGCGAAGCAUGGUCACGUGAUUCGGGAGAAAGGAAAACGAGUUUGGUCAGAUAGCCAGUCAGCGUGUGUUUUGGUGUAUUCACCAGCCAGCUGUCACACACUCACCCUAUGCUUCUCUACGUUAAACUCCAGGAUUGUGAGACAGCCAGAAGAGGAACUCUAAAGCAGGAUAAUAUGACGUUGUGGAUCUGAUUCCCAGUUAAUAUGAGGAUACUGUCCCUGCUAUAUGUUUAUUUUAUGGUUAUUGACUCUCAAGGCAUUGUUUUGGUUCCGGCACCGGUAAAUGUUGAUGUCUUGUCUAACAAUUUCAUCCACAUCUUGCGGUGGAGUCCAGGAAAUGGGACACAACCUGGUACAGUCUACAAUGUGAAUGUUAGUAAUAAUCGGGCACGUAGCAUCAGUGGUACAUCUUUUGACAUCUCUGAAUACAUGAAAGACAUAUACCGACGACACACGAUCGAGCUUUGGGCAUCAUUUGGCAACAGUUCAUCGUCCAUAGUCAGCACUCAUUUUGAGCCGUACACUAGCACCACUAUUGGGCCUCCCGAGUUAACUCUGUCUGGCUGUGGUGACUGCCUGAAUAUCAGCAUUGAUCUACCAACUCGCCAAAGUGCCUAUGACAACUUUUACAAGGCAAUAAACUUUAACAUACGCUGGAGCAAAGUCACAGAUGAAAAGGAUGAUUGCCGUGAACCAUUUACCAAUUACCAGAGUAUACAUUCCCUGCCAUACUCGUAUGUUCUGCGAUAUCUUCAGCUGGGUGAGCGCUACUGUGUGCAAGUCCAGCCAGUGGUCGUGUCCAUAUCCAAACGUAACCUACUGAGCUCCUGCUCCUGUGAAUUCACCAGUCGAAUAGAGCCCAGGGGGGUAGCGUUAUUGGCUGGUUGGGUUAUCGGCUCUGUACUGGUGGGAUUGUGUUUGCUGAGUCUCAUAUUCAGCCUCAUCUACACUGGCUUUCUGUGCAAGUCGAACGUCAUACUUCCCAAAGCACUGAUUGUUUAUGGUCCUAGCUACUUCCUUUCCCCAGAGGUGACGUGUAUAUCAGUAGCUGAAGUCGAGUAUGGCGUACAAAUACACAAGCCCAAAGAUCAUCAGCACAAGAAAAAAGAAAAAGGAAAUGGUCUCUAUAAGAACAAUGAUGAUGUAGACGAGGAUGAGGAUGAGGACGAAGAGAACCACCAUGGCUACAUGGACCGAGCAGUUCACAGUGAGUCAGAGAACACUGGCAGCAGGAGAUCAGUAUCCAUUUGUGAAGUUGCAGAGAAUCCGGGGGGAUGUAGCUUUGAGGACACACCUACAGAUACCAAAGAAACUUUAUUGCUCUCUCCGCUUCAGUACGACGGGGUCAAAGGCUACAACCAAGCAGCUUCACUUGAUCCAGUUAAGAAAAACUUAAAUCCUUCUAAUGCAAGAGAAGGGAAAAAAUUAAGAGGACAAAUAAAGGAAGAAGAAGAAGAUGAUGAUGAUUCUGGGAAUGUUAACCUGUGGUCAGUGGUAUUGAAAUCCAUGCAGCCGGAGGAAGAGGAGGCCAAUGAACUGAGUGAAGCCAAAGAGCCUCUGUUACCUUUAUUACUGAAAGAAUUACAUGAAGAUUCGCUCACUGCAGCAAAGCCACAGACAGGAAGUUCUUCAGAACUUCACACAGCUCUUUUGUUACAUACACAGACAGAAUUACAGACCAGUCAAGAAGAUGAAAAUGACAUUUCUGAUGCAAGUGUCUGUGACCACACGCGAACAGGAUACAUGGCCUCACACACAGGCACCAUAGACACACAAAACUAUUCAUCUGACGAUGAAGAGGAGGAUUAUACAUCAAGCUACAUGAGCAGAUGAAGAUGUGAAGUGUUUUAUCAUUAAUGUGGACUGUUUUGUGCUUUCAAGGCAGCAUUUAUGCGUAUUUUACCAAAUAAUGUGCUGGGCUCACAGCAUGCUGUCCUCUGGUUUACAGCUUAAAUUACUGAAGUGAUUUAUUUUUCUCUUGAUUCUCUUGUCAGGAUUUCCAUGUUUUUAAUAUAAUGCUCGGUAGAGCAAGAGUAUAUGGUCUUAGGUUAGUGCCUCAGUUUUAAAUAGCUUUUAAGCUCCCAGGAUCCAGAAUGACAUUCCUCACACUCAUAAAAACACACCUUUCGUUUCACUGUAUUUACAGAACAAUAUGCUUUUAAGGGGGGAUUUUAAAAAGUGUAGGCCCAUAAUCCAAAUAUAGAUCAUCUAAAACAGGCUGAAAACAGCUGCAUGACCUGGCAGUACUGGCAGCUAAUCGUAUGUGCUUAUGCCAUGUAACUCAGGCAAAAUAUGCAGCUGGUCACUUGACCCUCAGAGGUGCUGUGAUUUUUAAAUUACUAAUUGAUUUAUAUUUUGGGAAAUAGUAUGAACUACGUAUGAACUUUAAAAAACAGACUGGUGCACACACGUCUAAGUCAAGUAAGCUUCAUGAUGCGUGUAAGGUCCUGGUUUAUUCAGUAGGUGUGGUUAUGGAUCAGAUGUUCCAUUUUGCAAUUGUAGUUUAUGAAAUAAGCCUUAUUCUAGGACCUAUAUGCACCUGAAAAGGCAGGAAUAUAAACAGUUGCACAGAAAGGGGUAGACAUUUUUUGCACUUUAUUUAAGUUCUAUUUAAAUGUUUGUGUUUGCUACAUCUUUCUUAAGAUCGUGAUAAUUACAUAAUUACAAAAUAAAAACCAACACAGUAGGAUUUUGCUGAUAUGGUUAUCUAAAACUAAAACACCCGGUACACGAAGUAAGGCAACAAAUAGCUAUAAUUUAAGAUCACACUGGUAGGUGUGAUCUCUCUCUCUCACUCACGCACGCAGGUACGCUUGACUGUCAGUACAGAACUGUGAACUAGAGCCUACAAGAUCUGCCCAAAUCUGACAUGACAGGAUCAGACUAUAUGCAAACAAAUGAGACUAAAUUAUUCCUUUUAAAUGUGUUUUUUAAAUUUUUAAUUCAGAAUCACAGUGUGACAGCUGUCAUAUGUAGAUUACACACAUCUAUAGUUUAACUAUAUACCAUGUAAAUAACAGUUUAUUCUCAGGUAGUUUGUGUGUCAGACUUUUUUGGCUGAUAGAAAAUUGUUCUGCUUUCGCACUUUUGGCUCCAGAUCUGAAUUGAAGCUCAGUAAUAUUUUGGAUGUCCUGUAUAGUAUAAAUUACCCAUAAACCAUAUUUCACGUAACAGCUGAUCCAGGAAGCUGGACUGACUAUGGACCUUCAUUUCAUGACUGUUUGACUGAAGUAAAUAGGACAUUGAUAUAAAUAUUUUCAUUCUGUUUGUGAAUUGAUGCUGAGCUGAAUCUGGUUGCCUAUAAAUGUCUUUCAUAAA